AUGUUUGCAACAGGAUCCAGAGGAUAUGUUAGAUUGACGUUUAAAAGAUUUCAAUCUUCGGGGGCCAAACUUACAUUCAGCAAUAAAUACAAUUUCAACAUAAAUCCUCCACCAGUUCAUGAAUAUUGGAAUGCUAGAAAUAAUAUAAUCUUGCUUGCAUUUGUUCCUGUGUUCUUAGGGGUAGGAUACGUUGCCAAAUAUGUAGGAGGCAACGUUUACGGCGAUAGCGUUCUUGAAGCUGUCGAAGGUGAAGAUGCAUUUAUAAACGGAAAUAAGAUAUUCGAGUCUCAGUUAUCAAGUAAAUAA